AUGUCGACAUGGGUCUAUGGGGGUUUAAUUACUACGUCCACGGCCUCGGAAGUCGGCCUCGACUGCGUUCCACAUGAUCGAGUUUCUCCUCCCAUUGACAUUUGGGUUAUAUUUGCGAAGCCUAUUACCACCAGGCCUUUCUCGUCAUACAAUUUCUCUGAUUCGAGCCGUAUCUGGAGGCAAAUAGGCGCUAUCACUCUUGAUAUCAUGGGAUUCCCCUAUGUUCUCAAGGCUGUAGCGAUACUCGCCUUCGUACGUACUGUUGCUUCAAGGACAACAAGCUCCGCAUCAGAUUUGAGAAAUGACUACGACUUUGUUAUCGUCGGCGGAGGAACUGCGGGGUUGACUAUUGCAAACAGACUGACCGAGGAUGAGACAACCACUGUUUUGGUGAUCGAAGCCGGACCGAUCUAUCCAUACGAAAAGGAAGUCGUUGUUCCAUACUUUUCAGCAGCUGGCUACAUGAGGCCCCUGUACGAAUGGAACAUAUCAACUGUCCCGCAGCCUGGCUUGAACUACCAGGAAAUUUUGUGCAACCAAGCAAAAGUCUUGGGCGGUGCUUCAGCUAAGCACGCUUUGGUUUUCGACCGACCUUUACCUGGAGAUCUUAACGCGUUUACUUCUCUUGGUAUCGAUGGUUGGGAAUGGAAAGAUGUUAUUCCCUUUUUCAAGAAGUUUGAAACCUUUGCAGAGCCUCCUCCGGAGAAGAUAGAAAAGUUUGGUAUCACGUUUGAUCAUCAGUGUCACGGAUAUUCCGGGCCACUUGGCGAAGGCUGGAAUGAAUAUAUCUUCCCUGACGAUGACAAAUUUCUGUACGCACUUGACGCCAUGGAGAUACCUCGUGCUCACGAUCCAUCGUGUAACAAAAUGGGCUCGUUCAUCUGUCCGUCGUCACUGGACCAAGCCAAUCAAUCCCGCACAGAUUCGAGAACUGCUUACUAUGACCCGAUUCGAUUUCGGGCUAACCUUGAUGUGUUGUACUUGAAUCAGGCAACCAGGAUCUUGACAGAGAAUCAUGGAGACCAGAUCAGAGCCACAGGUGUUGAGUUCGCCACAAGCCGCAACGCUACCCGUCACGUCGCUAUAGCCACUAAAGAGGUUGUUGUAUCGGCGGGAGCUUUGCGCUCACCCCAUCUACUUCUCCUAUCUGGGAUUGGCGAGGCGAACAGACUUGCCCAACACAACAUUACUCAGAUCGUGGAGGUUCCAGGAGUAGGCUAUAACCUUCAAGACCAGUUUACUGUUCCCCUUUUUUAUGAUGCGAAAAAGGGGACGGAGACUUCGGACGACGAGAAAAACUCCACGUUCAUGGCUGAACAAGAAAGUUUAUACUAUUACAACAGAACAGGACGUUGGACAAGAGGCUACGCCUCCGUGUUUUCUUAUCUAACCGUCUCUAACCUCACAAACAUCACUGGAGAACAGCCGUUUACCUCGCAGUAUAAUAGUACUUUCGAUGAAGCUACUAUCACGAGCGACACCCCAAGAACGGUUGCUGCGGGCUACCGUAAACAGUGGGAUGUUCUUCGCGACACGCUUGAGAGAGGAGAUAUGGCGGCUUGGGAGAUCACCUUUGUAGGAGGUGGCAAGAUCCUUACCGCCACACACCUUCACCCUUUCAGUCGCGGCAACGUCUCGCUCGCGUCUUCGGAUCCCUUUGAUAAUCCAGUGGUGGACCCUCGCUUUUUGGAUCACCCCGGUGAUUACGAGGCGCUUUUCGAAGGCGUCCGCCUUCUGCGCCGCAUCGCCGCCACCGAUAGUGUGCUGAACGUCUUACAGCUUGUUGAAAGCAAACCUGGUCUCCACGUUACCACUAAUGACGACUUAAGACCCUGGAUUGCGCAAGGAAGCGCAACUGGCAACCAUUAUACUGGGUCCUGCGCAAUGUUGCGUCUGGAAGAGGGCGGCGUGGUCGAUUCUUCUCUGAGGGUGUACGGAGUUUCCAACCUUCGCGUAGUCGAUGCUAGCACAGUUACUGUUGUACCCUCCGGGCAUAACCAGGGGAUUGUCUACGCUUUUGCAGAGAAGGCCGCCGACAUGAUCAAACAGGAUCAUGAGAACUAG